AUGGGGUUUGAUGGCACGAAGGUAGACCCCCUUGGGGUGAUUAAUUUAUCUGUCACUGCGGCAAAAAGGACGUUGAAGGAGAACUUUGUUCUAACAGAGAUACAUCCUUCUUAUAAUCUCAUUAUAGGAAGAGGCUGGAUCCACUUAAUGAACUGGGUCCCGUCUACCCUUCAUCAAGAGAUGCGAUGCUUGUCUCCGGAUGGUAAGGAGGUUAUUAAUCUUUGGGGAGAUCAAAUCGCUGCCAAAGAAUGCUACAUGUUGACACAGAAUGAGGCAAAGAAGAUAGUUAAGCAGUCCCAACCAGUUGUGACUUCUAGAAGGGAUGAAGCUAAAGCUAUAAAACUAACCGAGGAAUCUCUCGAGGCUGUUGAAAUAAUCCUCGACGAUCCCCAGAAAGUCACCUAUAUAGGCUCUUCUCCCACCGCCUAA